GGUCGAGGACCGACAAUCAAAUUUCUGAUAAAAUCUUACAGAAUUUGUCCAGCAUUAUGCCUUAUGCCAACCAACCAACGAUACAGUUAACGGAGCUGACUGAUGACAAUGUGAAGUUCAUAAUCGAAGACACAGAUCUUAGUGUUGCGAACAGUAUCAGGAGGACUAUCCUGGCAGAGGUUCCUACAAUAGCAAUCGACUGGGUAGAAAUUCAGGCCAACAGCUCAGUCCUUCAUGAUGAAUUUAUUUCUCAUAGAGUUGGUCUCAUUCCACUCACAAGUGAUGAAGUAGUUGACAAACUUAACUUCAACAGGGACUGUGGAUGUGAGGAGUUUUGUUCAGAAUGCUCAGUGGAGCUGUCAUUGGACGUGAAGUGUACAGAUGAUCAGACACGUCAUGUAACCUCCAGGGAUCUACUCUCAAGUAAUCAGAAAGUCGUCCCGGUUCCAUCAAGAAAUCAAGAGUCAAGUGACUAUGGUGAAGUAGACGACAUCCUUAUUGUAAAACUGAGGAAAGGCCAAGAGCUGAGGUUACGAGCGUAUGCCAAGAAAGGUUUUGGUAAAGACCAUGCCAAAUGGAUCCCCACUGCAGCCAUCGCAUUUGAAUAUGACCCAGACAACGUGAUGAGGCAUACAGUGUACCCAAAACCAGAUGAGUGGCCUAAGAGUGAAUUCACAGAAGUAGAUGAAGACACACCGCAGGGCAAGUUUGAUGGUGAUGCAGUUCCUAACAAGUUCUUCUUCAACGUGGAGUCUAUUGGUGCUUUAACACCUGAAAACAUUGUUUUCUCUGGGUUAUCUGUUCUGAAAAAGAAAUUGAGUGAUCUGCAGACCCAGCAUAGCCACGAAGCCCAGGCACAGGCCGAGGGACUAGCCAUUAAUUGAGCUACAUGUAUGGUAUUCACAGGACUUUAGAAAUCUUCAAGAGACUCUAUGUUUUGAGAUUAACAUCAGUGGAGUGGAAUGGAAGGAGAGAGAGCAAGCAAGAAGGGAAAAUCCACAUUUUACUGCUAAAAUGAAUGGACAUUGGCCGUAUUCUGAAAUCAGGUUUUAUUUAAGCGCUGGUAAAAUGUGGUGGUUUAACUAUGGUUAAUUCUGGAAGGUAUCUCUAUUAACAGUUCAAGCUCAAUUUGUCAGCUCAUAUUGAAUUCAAAUUAUUCAUAACUGACUGGGAAUGAUUAAUGAAGUAGUUCUCAUCAAA